AGACGACGCAACCCGAUUUGUGAAAUGGUAAUAUGCCUUGGUAGGUACCUGUCGCGAGUGAUUGUGUGCGGGGGGCUCGGCCUCUUAUGGAUGGCUUCGCCCUCCUUAUUGAGUUGCGACGUUGCUGUCUGCUUCAAUGUUCGCAUGUUUUCGACGAUGCUGUUCCUUUGCCGGUAUAAAUGGAGGCAAAGAGAACAUAAGAAGAGGCAUCCCAUCUCUCGUUUGCCAGGAAUAUGACGGCGGAAGCUAAUUAAUGGCUCGGCAGCCAGCAUUACCGCAACUGGCCGUCAACCACCUACCAAAAUCUUUGAUCGAGCUGAGCAGCCCCAACGAACAACUUACCAGCUUGUACCCGCUACGCCGUACUUCAUCCGUAACGCGCCAUGCGUACGGAGAAUCCUCCUAUCAAUGAGUCUAUCCGGGAGAUCAGCAAUUGUUCCUGGCUAAUUGCUGACAAGCUGGUGCUGUUACGGCAGCCCUCACCGCCGUCUGAUCAGCCGUCCUGGAGCGACGGCAAGGAUUCCUUCUAUGUCCUCUCCGAGGUCCCCGGUGCCUUACCGGAGUCUAUACCACUAUCAGAUACGAGCGGCAUCAAGAAAGUCUACGAUGCCGGCGGCGUUUCUGCCGUCUGGCGCGUCGGAGAAGCUUUCAUCAAAGUGAAGAAAGUUGCUCUGCCAAACGCCACCCGAGAACACGUGACUCUGGACUAUCUCCGCGCGAACAGAUCUCUCAACUUUGACAUCCCGGAUGUGCAUUAUCACGGAGAGUUUGACGGGCGAUAUUACAUUGUCCUAAGCAGGGUGCCGGGCCCGACGCUCGCCGAAGUUUGGCCUGGAUUGGACGACACGGCUAGACAAAACUAUGCCCAUCGUGUCGCCAUUACCUGCCAGGAGCUAGCUACGUGGAAGAGCAACGCUAUCAGCGGCGUCGACGGCCGCGAAUUGCCAGAUACCUUUCUCAACAAGCUCAAGGCCGAAAAAAACUGCGACCCCCAGCACCUACUUAACAACUGUAGGGAGUUGGGCAUGGAUUGCUCGUCCUUCGUCUUCUAUCAUUGUGACCUGGGUCCGGGAAACAUCAUUGCCAAUCAAGACUCGGUCGGAAUAAUCGACUGGGAGACUGCCGGUUUCGUACCUGUGGAGUGGAUUCGCACCAAGUUUUGCAUAUCCAGUGGAAUGGACCUCCCGGUUGGGGAUGAAGAUGCACGGUCAGACUGGAGACGGUUGGUGUCCCGGCAGCUAGGGCGUCUAGGGUUCGUGGAAAUCGCGGACGAGUGGUUGGAAUGGUGGACGGCUUAAGUGUUGUGCGAAACUUCUAACCCAUAUAGAAGUCUGCCUCGCUCUAUAUGUCAAGUCGCUUGAAGCCUAGCGGCAAGACAGAUGGCUUGUUUGAUCGCUGAGUCUAUACUCCAGAAAGCCUUCGCUUCUGCUCUGUUGAAGUAACAGGAUAAGAAUCUGUCUAUGCGAAAUACGAACCUAGUGUGUUCCUGGU